GGCCUGCUCCCUCCACGCCUGCCAGAGCUCAGAAUAACCAGAGAGCCAGACGGCGGGAUGGCAGGCGCUCUGCUCGGCACCUUGCUCCUCCUGGGGCUCCUUGGCAGCGGCCUGGGCAGGAAUGAGGAGCUGAGUCUGUACCACCAUCUGCUGGACAACUAUGACCGACAGAGCCGGCCGGUGAGGGGCCCCGAGGACACCGUCACCAUCACCCUCAAGGUCACCCUGACCAACCUCAUCUCCCUGAACGAGAAGGAGGAGACCCUCACGACCAGCGUGUGGAUUGGAAUCGACUGGCAGGAUUACCGACUGAACUUCAGCAAGGACAGCUUUGGGGGCGUAGAGACCCUGCGGGUCCCUUCUGAGCUCGUAUGGCUACCGGAGAUCGUGCUGGAAAACAACAUUGACGGCCAGUUCGGCGUGGCCUAUGAGGCCAAUGUGCUGAUCUACGAGGGUGGCUUCGUGAGCUGGCUGCCGCCGGCCAUCUACCGCAGCACCUGCGCCGUGGAGGUCACCUACUUCCCCUUCGACUGGCAGAACUGCUCGCUCAUCUUCCGCUCUCAGACAUACAACGCCGAAGAGGUGGAGUUCGUCUUUGCCGUGGACGACAACGGCGAGACCAUCGACAAGAUCGACAUCGACACGGAGGCCUACACCGAGAACGGCGAGUGGGCCAUCGACUUCUGCCCGGGCGUGAUCCGCCGCCAGGAGCACAGUGACGUCAUCUACUCGCUCAUCAUCCGCCGGAAGCCGCUCUUCUACGUCAUCAACAUCAUCGUGCCCUGUGUGCUCAUCUCGGGCCUCGUGCUGCUCGCCUACUUUCUUCCGGCGCAGGCUGGCGGCCAGAAGUGCACGGUCUCCAUCAAUGUCCUGCUCGCCCAGACCGUCUUCCUGUUCCUGAUCGCUCAGAAAAUCCCAGAGACGUCUCUGAGUGUGCCACUGUUGGGCAGGUACCUUAUUUUCGUCAUGGUGGUUGCCACGCUCAUUGUCAUGAACUGCGUCAUCGUGCUCAACGUGUCCCUGCGGACGCCCACCACUCACACCACCUCCCCGCGGCUGCGCCACGCCCUGCUGGAGCUGCUGCCCCGCCUCCUGGGCUCCAGCCCGCCCCCCGAAGCCCCUCGCUCCGCGUCGCCGCCAAGGCGGGCGUCGUCCGUGGGUCUUCUGCUCCGCGCCGAGGAGCUGAUCUUGAAAAAGCCCCGGAGCGAACUCGUGUUCGAGGGGCAGAGGCACCGGCACGGGGCCUGGACCGCUGCCCUCUGCCAGAGCCUGGGCGCCGCCGCCCCCGAGAUCCGCUGCUGUGUGGAUGCCGUGAACUUCGUGGCUGAGAGCACUCGAGACCAGGAGGCCGCUGCGGAGGAGGUGUCUGACUGGGUGCGCAUGGGGAAGGCCCUGGACAACAUCUGCUUCUGGGUGGCUCUGGUGCUGUUCAGCGUGGGCUCCACCUUCAUCUUCCUCGGGGGCUACUUCAACCAAGUGCCGGACCUCCCCUACCCGCCAUGCAUCCAGCCCUGAGCCCAGCUCGUGCCGGCGUCCGCAUUGCCACCCUCUAGCAGGUCAUCGUCAGGCUGCUGCCACCACCCCCGCCUUGCCAAGCGGAAGCGGGGUGCCAAGGCGUGGCUGGGGUUUGGGCAGACUCAGAAAGCAAGGUCAGCCCCCAGGUCAGCCACACUGACCCCUGGCUGUUCGCAGGCCCAGCCCCGGGGAACAGCUCAGCCUGAGCUUCUAAGCAACCUUUAUCCAUCUGCUAACCACUUCGCAGGAUCGGCAGAGGCUGGGGUGGGUGGCCCCCCAGGCCCUGCCAGCGCCUCCCACCCUGCCCCCUUCCCGUCAGCCCUGACUAGCUUGUGAGAGAAC